GCCUGAGAAACAUCAGGAGAACCAAAGAGAAGUGCUCGUUCGCUUGUUCGAGGACCAGGAAGCAAAAUGUCGGAGCGGAAAGUUUUAAACAAAUACUACCCACCUGACUUUGACCCGUCGAAGAUCCCAAAACUCAAGCUACCCAAGGACCGGCAGUAUGUGGUGCGGCUGAUGGCCCCCUUCAACAUGAGGUGUAAGACAUGUGGAGAAUACAUCUACAAGGGGAAAAAGUUCAAUGCACGCAAGGAAACUGUCCAGAACGAGGCAUACCUGGGCCUGCCCAUCUUCCGAUUCUACAUCAAGUGCACACGCUGCUUGGCCGAGAUCACCUUCAAGACAGACCCAGAGAACACUGACUAUACCAUGGAGCACGGGGCCACACGCAACUUCCAGGCUGAGAAGCUUCUGGAGGAGGAGGAGAAGCGGGUGCAGAAGGAGCGUGAGGAUGAGGAGCUGAACAACCCCAUGAAGGUCCUAGAAAACCGCACCAAGGACUCAAAGCUGGAAAUGGAGGUGCUGGAAAACCUUCAGGAGCUAAAGGACCUGAACCAGCGGCAGGCCCAUGUGGACUUUGAGGCCAUGCUGUUGCAGCACCGCCUGUCACAGGAGGAGCGGAGACAGCAGCAGGAGGAGGAAGACGAGCGAGAGACUGCGGCCUUGCUGGAGGAGGCUCGCCACUGUAGGCUUUUAGAAGAUUCCGACUCAGAGGACGAGGCUCCACCUUCCCGACCAUUGGCAGCCACAAGACUCAACCCCACGGCCAUCCUCAACGAGGUUCCAAAGGCCAAAAGGAAGGCAGAAGGCCUAAGCAGCAGAGCACAGCUAGCUGCCUUGGUUGUGCCGAAGAAGGUGAAGAUGGAAGCCAAUGGGGGCUCAGAGCAAGUCCAGGUGCCCACCUCGGGUGCCCAAGAGAGCAGGAAGGCAGCUGACCCUACACCCCAGACACCUGGUGCCUCCUCCCUGAGCCAGCUGGGUGCAUAUGGGGACAGCGAGGACAGUGACAGCUGAGCCCCCCAUGGUGGCAUCAUAGACCCAAGAAGCCAGAGGAGAUGGGAUCAAGUGAAACACCGUCAGCAAAGGCCUCAGACCGCGUCUGCCCUGGCAGGGUGUGGGAAAGCACACAUGGACAGACAGCUGGGUCCACUCCUCCAUUUCUUGAUUUAUGCUGAGCCUGUUGGCCCCGUCCCUUCCUGCCAAGGAUCUGAACACUCUGUGACAUGGGGCAGAGUGUAGGGCCCCCGGGGACCAUCUCCCAACCACACACACAAAGUCUGGGCCUCCACCGGCAACACAGUAGCACUGUGUGAAAAGAAAGAAGAAAUAGAAAAUCAAUUGAAAAACAGAACCACGUGGAGAGAAGCUGCCUGACUGCAGAGGCCCACAGCCCGGCAUAAACCUGCCCGCCCGCAGAGGGCCGUACGUUGAACUUCUGCCACAUGCCCUGGGCCUGGACCCUUAGCCUUUGUUCUGGUACUAUAAGACAGUUACCAAGGCUGAAUCUGUUGUAUAGAACACAGUGGGCCAGGUGCGGAGUGGGGGUGGGGAGGCAUGUUUAUGUAGCCAGGGCUAGUCUCCACCCCACCAUUGCUGGUAUUAGAGCCAUGAACCACCAAGCUGA